AUGUCUGGACCCGGCAUGGAGGGGGGUCGCCCCAAGCUCCGAGGUGCUAGUGAAAUGAAAAAGGCCAUGGAUGAAAAUUUUCUUCGCUUCUUACGCGGAUAUGCAAGCUACUACGCCGAGUGUCCCCCUUCUUUCAAAAAGUACUUGGAGCGCCAUGUUUUCCCCGCCUGCAAGGAGGCCGACAAGAUCGAUCAGUUGCAGCUGUUCCUCUGCAAUCCCGAAAUCCUGGACUACGGUCUCGGAAUCGAGUUUAUGGGGGAGGCUUCUCAUUACACCAUUUGGGAUUACUGGUUUCAGGGCGCCGAAGGGUCGGUUGUGCUCCCUUUUCAUCCUAUCCCGGACAACUACAAGCCAUGGCCCAAGGAGACAGAAAAGACAAUGGAGGCCGCGUACAUCAUCGACGAUCCGGGGCGCGCAUUGUCAGCAGGGGUGCAUGACAUUCGCCUGGACGACCAGAAAAACGGAGCGACGAUGAGUAUUGUGCCGCCCGGGCCGUUUCGCUCACUACCCACUGUUCUAAGUCCAGACGGCGGAGAAGAUGAUAUGUUUGGAGACAUCCUUGGGCAGAUAAAAGAGCUGGAAAAGCUUCAAUUGCCUGCUGCUUAUGGUCCCAGUGCCACCGCGGUAGAAGGAGGACAGCUGAUCGAGCCGAUUGUGGACCGCACUGGCCCGGACUGGACGGUCGACUCCGAGUACGAAGGGUUUAGACAACCUCCGCUGGCUGUCCGACUCGAACACGUCAACAACCUGCUUUGCGAGGAAGACAUGUAUCGUGAUCUCAACUGGGCCCCGAAAUUUGCUGAGACGGUUCGAUACCUCCAAUGGCUUUCUGAUGAGGAUCCUAAGGGGCAGCUCGCGAAUGCCAGUCAACAAACCCAAAAGAUGCACGCUGAUGCUCUCCAAAAGGUCAGGGUGCAUGAGAUCUUUGACUAUUACAAUGCUCAGCCGACACCGUUGAUCAUCAACCCUCUGCCAAAGGGGAGCCUCAAGUCAACUCGCCUCAACUGGCUUGGUGACGUCCAUAACUGGCCCAUCCCAUCGACAAAUCCUGUUCCUGAUAAAAGGGAUCUGAUGCCUCGACCGACAUAUCCUCGACCCGUUGAGCCUGUCAACACCAUGCUCAUCGACGAACCCGGCAACUAUGAACUGUUUGAGGACUUCAAACACGACCAGCGAGAGGUAUGGCAUGACGAUGAAGGAGACAAUAAUCUCGCCCUGGUGGAGAGUGAGGCAUUCGUCAAGUUCUCAGGAUCCAAAUACGCCGGCUGGGUUCGAAACGAUCUAACCACGAACACAAAGGUUCUGGCUGAUGAUACCAUCAUCCUUCCCAACGACCCGAGGAGCUUUGCUAGAGAGCGAGGAGCCCGUCGUGCUGGUCUGCAGCAGAUGUUGCGGGCUUAUCAGACGAGUGUGAAGGAACACAUGGCCAGCCCUCUACGCACACUUCAGCUUCCUAUAGACGCUGCGGUUUUGCAGAAGAUCACUCGAGACACCGAUGGUGUACAGUUCGUACCACACCGCAUUCCAGACGAGAAGAUCCAAGCCCAGGCGGAUACCAUGCCAUUCACUGUCCAGAUCCCCAAAUAUCUCGAGUCCCUGAGGCAUCUGCGCCAAAAGGCCUUGAAGCGCGUCGAAGCUCUUCGCCGACAAGAUCGUCGUUGGGUAACACUACCCCAAAACGUCGUUACGGGCGGCCCGUUCGUCUGGCGCAUGGUCGACCCAGACGUCCAGCUAAAGCAAGACAUCCUAGACCAGUGCAACAUCACCUACCAGCUUCUCUCGGCCGCCCAGCGGCGCGCCCCACGUCUCCUUCUGGAUGAAGUCAAAGCCAUGAUCGACCGUGGCCUCUCGGGCGAGUUCCACAACCACGACGUGCCCGCCGAAGUGCGCCUGCACGGUGAUGAGCUCGAGAUCGUCGGCACGACCCAUCCUCGCAAAGCCCCCCGCUACGUCGACCUAGAGGAGGACAUCCCUUGGCUCAAGUUUCUCGCAUCCGAGGCCGUCAACGACGGCAACUGGGAGCCCAACAACUUCUAUCCCAACGAGCCGAAGGAGAAAUACAAGAUCUUCCACAUCUUUGCGCGGCGCGUACAAAAGAUUCUCGACGACCGGGACCCGGACUCGCUCUUUGCCGACGCGGACGCCCAAGUGACGGUCGAGGAGCUCCUCGCAAAAGUCAACGCCGGCCGCGAGGGCGCCCCCGUCGAUAAAGUCGUCUUCCACCCAUACGACGCCAUGGCCUGGCUCGACCGACUCGCCGACACGGGGCACGUCCGAUUCCAGCUCGACCCCAGCUGCUACGGCGUCGUCAUGCGGCCUUUGGACAAAUACUUUCCCGAGAACCGCGUCAUCUGGCCCGGCCCCACCGCGCACCGCGAGAAACCGGGCUACAACUUGGGGUACAUCUCGACCUGGCAGCAGAUCCUUUGUCCCGGAAUUGACCGCUCGCAAGAGCUUACCGACCCGCAAUCCCCCGUCUGGAAUUUCUUCAUGGCUCUCGGGUUUAGGCUGGGUUACACCAUCUACAUGCUCAACCAGGAGCGCGCCGAACAGGGCCGCUUGAAACCGCAACCGGUCCCAGCCGAGUAUCUGACCGAAAGCCUGACUACUUUUGAAGCGGAGUGCAAGACCGAGAUUCAACACGCUUUUGGCAAGGACGAGGGUCUGAUUUCGUUGCAGCAACUUAUCCAACGCUUGUCUCCCAGAGAUUACACCGGGGAAGGAAUGACCGAGACCGAAGCCUUUGCCGUGGUCAAGCGCAAAUUGCUCGAGGAGUCCAUCUGUAACCUGUCCAUGCUUGUCCCUGGGAGAGAAGUGGUUUAUUACGGACCUGAUCCGGAGACGGGGGAGGUUAGGCAUAUGACGGUGAGGAAGAGGGAUGUGUCGUGGGAAUUUGCUUCUGCUCGUUUACAACAACAAGGAGGAGAAGGAGGAGAAGAAGGAGCAGCCAAGAGUAAAAAGUCAUUCCAAUACUGGCGUCUAGACCGCUGGCCUUUGGGGGUCGGGUACACUUCGGAGGAGACCGAAAGAAAAAUCAAGGAGGGUAAUGAUGUGGAUCCCAAGAUGGUGUAUGAUCCCGUGGCAGAAGAUCCGAUUUCCGAAAGGUAUAGGAGGCCGAAGCUGAGAAGGUUUGGUGAAGAUGAAAAAGUCAAGAUGAAGAGGGGGCCGGCGAUAUAUCCGGUGGGGGAUACGGUGAGGCAGGCGUGGAGGGUGGAGGACAGCAUGACGGAGACUGCUUAUAGGGCCCUCGGCCUAUCCCCGCCCUCCGCCGAAAACAGACGCAAACGCACCUGGUCCCAAGCUAUCGGCACACUGCUUAACCCCUUUUCCAACGACAAAGAUGGCGAUGUUCCUGCUGCCGACGUGCCGGUGGAUGAAAGGAGAGUCCGGCCGAAGCUGGAUGAUCUCGCCAAGGGCGUGGUGGUUAGGAGUUGGAAUCCGGAUCAACUAAGACGAGAUGCGCAUGAACAAGGGUAUGCGUUGGAGAUGGUGGAUGUGAAGGAGCUGAUGAAGGAGGUGGAGAAAUCGAGGAUGGAGGAGGUUGAGCAGGAUGUUUAGUUAUAUGUUUUCUUUGGGAUUUGGGGUUUUUU